AUGGACAUCACAGUAAAAGAUCCAGGUAGAGGAACCAGGUGGGUUUGUCCAAACGAUCGACAUUUGGCAUUAAGAGCGAAGUUGCAUACUGGAUGGUCUGUGAAGACUGGUUCUCUAGAUUCAAAAUGGGGUAAUUACUGUAGUUCCUAUUCUACUGGUUCAAAUCGUUGUGCACAAUCAUUUGUUCUUAACGAAGAAGAGCAACAAGCAAUCAUACAGGUCAUUCAAAGGGCUGAAGCAUUAGACUUGUCAGAACAAGAACGGAUUGGCAGAUUAGUAGAGAGAUUAGAAAACAUGAAACGUAAUGUUUGCAUAGUCACUGGAACAAGAAUGAAUGAGAGAAGAAGCUGUGGCAGUCGCUGCUCUACCAGCACACACUGUGUAUGUUCUUGUGCUCUAUGCGGUGAAAAAUUUGGUGCUGUACUAGGUGCAACACCAAAUCUCUGCAAGGACUGUCGCAAGUACAUAUGUCAGAAAUGUGGCAUAGAAACUACUGAACUUAAUUCAGCAUUUCCGAAUUCUUCCACAAAAGGUGUAUUAGAGAAAACAACUAUGCAACGAAUCGUUAGACGUUCAAAUAACAAUCAGAGACAAUUUCUUUGCCGAAUAUGCGCAGAGACGAGAGAAAUAUGGAAAAAAAGCGGUGCUUGGUUUCGUAAUGGAAUGCCAAAAUAUAUUUUGCCUGAAAAAAAGGAACGGGGAUGGUCGCGAAUUGGUCGCAAACAAUCAUCUUGGAUAGUUGGAGGAAAUAAAUCUCUGGAGCCUAUUGAACCACAGGAUUCUUCUUCUGACGAUGAAGUGACGCGACUUUCACCAUUUUCCAAUUCUGCACAAUCAACCAGCAGCGUCUCAAAAACAUCGCCAGGACAACGGUCCAAUGAUCUAUCACCAUCAAACAAUCGUGAAGAAUGUUCAGAUCAAUUAGAUAAGUCUACUCUUUCCAUCGCAUCCCAAUGUAGUCGAGUUUCACCAACUGCUUCAAUAACAAGCUCACGGUUGCGAUCAAACGGUAAAACCAUUAACGAUCCUCAAAUUGAACAACACGUGUCGUUCGAGGAUGAAAUUGUCGAUGAAAAAAAUAAAAAAUUUGACAAUCCUAAUGGACUGAACGAUGAUACUCGUAGAAUGGAGUUUAAUUUAUACGAUCGUUUAAAAAGCUCUCAGGUACAGUCUCCCAGACUGAAUGCGUUAAUGAGUCCAACGACACAAGGAACGACAAUCAUUCCAAUGGAACAAAUUCUAGAACACAUGGAUCAGGACGGAAGUCAAUCUUGCUUAAAAAGGGAGAACCCUCGCAGCAACAAUCAAAUCGACUUAUCACGUCUACAAACGCCGGAACACGAAACGGAGCAAAGCUAUGGAACUCUAGAAGUCUCCUUGCGAUACGACCCAGCAGUUCAGUGCCUACAAUGCAAAGUGGACCGAGCACGAGGUUUACGACCAAUGGAUAUUCAUGGUCUCGCCGAUUCGUUCUGCAAACUCAACAUAUUGCCAAUAGACGCAGUUACGACGACGAAACGUCUUCGAACAAAGACUGUUCACAAAACUCGGGAUCCAGUAUACAACGAGACGCUAAACAUUUAUGGAACGAUGGAAACCGACAUAUGGAAUGGCAAAGCACUACACAUUCUGAUUCUCCAAGACGAUCCAUCAGGUCAAGAUUUUCUAGGAGAAGCGAAGUUUCCCCUACAAAUUCCAUUACAAGAUCAUUAUCCAGUGGACAAUGAAGAAGCAGCUUGGGGUGUAUUUUCCAGUGGACGGGGAGAGAUUCAAGUGGGUCUAAGUUAUUGUACAAAACGCAGAGCACUGAUGGUUAUGGUUCAUCGAGCUACAAACCUACUUCCAAUGGAUAGUAAUGGAUUUUCCGACCCAUUUGUCAAGUUGUGCCUUAUAGAAAGUGUGAUAAACAAUCAUAAACAACGUGUCUUCGACUAUUCAACUGCACGUAUCAGAUGCAGAAAGUUAACCUCUAGAAAACUCACAGGCCGCAAUUCACACAAUACAACAAUCAAGUGGAAAACUCUGAACCCAGAAUGGAAUGAAGAAUUCAUUUUCAGUACACGAUUGACAGAUCUUAUGAGACUUACAUUAUAUCUUACAGUGUGGGACAAGGAUUUUGGAAAAAGUAAUGACUACCUUGGUGGACUUGAAUUAAGUUGUAACAGCAAAGGAGCAAGAUUAAGACAUUGGAUAGAUGUAAUUAAAUUUCCGGAUCAUAAGCAUAGAACUUGGCACAACUUAACAGAUAUUAUCUUGCCCACAGAAUAAUGAUACAGUUUUUUAAACAUAUUACUUAAAACAUUUCAAUAAAAUCUGUA